AAAAAAGUUGCCAAAUCAAAAUGGUCACCGAGCCGAAGUCCGUUGAGCCCAAGGUCAGCACCAAGGAGGCGCAGUGCCAGUCAUCGGACUGCGAGACUUCCCAGCAGGAGCCGGUCUCGCAAGUAAGCAGCCCGAAAGGCGCCCGUGUGGGGAUCUUCAAUGCCGAGGACUUCUUGUCGCGUGCUCAGAUGAACGACAAAAUCAACAUCUUGCGCUCGCCCACCAAGCCGCCCAACGGGGUGCGCCAGCGCUCCGUCUACACCAACAACCCAUCGCCGCAAGCAAGCUUGCGUGUCGGCAUGACUGGGGGGCAGCUGUCCCAACGCAUGAGCAACAUCUCGCUGUCCUCCGGCACGGACUCCGUGGGCCACAUGGAUCGCGGCAGCAGCUCCAGUCUCGCUAGCAGCGCCACCGUUGGCACCAACACCAUCACCAGCGGCAUUUCCAAGGAGUGCGCCAAUUACCCCGUCGGCAGUCAGUCGGCCCGUCCAUACGCUCAACUGCCGGGCAUACACAUUUCCAACCCUCCCCAGUACGGGCCAGGGAAUAUGCAGGAAAUAGACGCUGGCAAAAUGGCGCACAACGGCAAGGCACUCACAGGGCGCUACAAUGCCACGCCCACCUAUGGCUUCGACAACGAGCAGAACUACUGCCUGAAUUCCCAACAGUUGCCGUCUCCAAUGCCCCCUCCACCAUACGCCUUGGCACGCGUGAGCAGCACACGCAACUUCGAGCUCGAGAACCACACACCGCCGGCAUGUCCCGGCUCUGGACCCAUUGCCAUGACGAACGGCACCAUCCAGUUGCGCCUCCGCGAUGGCGUGCGGCGGUGCGCGUGCUCAAUCAGCGCAGCAUGGUGGCAGUUGCUCUAUCACGCAACUGCAGCAACAACUGUCACCUACAACGGCAUGAAGGGGAAUAACUUUGUUCGCUAUGCCAAGAUGUGGUACAAGGGUGUGAGCUUUACCAGCGAGGCGUGCGCUCUCAUCUACCUGGUGGACACAGCCGGGACGCGCACCACAACCUACACUUUCACCGAUCUGACCAAGGACUACACCCUGGCAGUGUUCUAUGACGACUCGCGCCAUGGUCCCUCUUAUAUGGCUGAAGCCCAUGACGUGAUUGCCAAUUCAGCUUACACCUGUACCGAGGAUGGCACUGAGAUCUAUGACUUAAACGGAUUUCGCAUCACCCAGGCAGCCGAUGGCCUGGUGAAGGUCACUCGUGUGGACAACAAGUGCUUAAUUCGCACCAGUCCCGGCAAUGGAUCGGCCACUUUGACCACACCUGGCAUACAUUGCACUGCCUCUCUGGGCAAGACCUCGCAUCUGUUUGUUCGUCGCAAUGAGAAGCGCAUGCACUUCGAUGGAUCCUGUUUCAUUGAACGCAACGCCGGACACUCCGCCGGCUUCAAUGAGAACAACCUGCUCAUUGUCUACUGAGCGGCGUUCAUAGUCCGGAGAUAGAAACGGCGCAGUGGUAGCCCAUCCCACACGCACACACUCACACAUGUCAACACAUUUCACCUGGAACACAUACAUAGACACCUACAGCAGCACACUUGAGGGACCUUGACGUGGCGAGAGGGAUUCAGUUAGGAUCCCGGAAUUUAGGAAUCUCAAAAUCAAUUUGGGAAAUAAGUUAGAAAGCAAAUAUGUUCGUACAAAAACCAGCACCACACCACACCACACACACACACCUCAGCGAAGGAACUCAGCCCAGUCCUAUCUGG